AUGGUGAAAGCAAUACCUGCAGGCGAUGGCAAGGCGGUCUAUUGGCGCUGCGGCUGGCUUGCUUGCUUGCCUCGCACGUCUGUGCAGGUCUCAUCCGGCCAAUCAUCCAAUCCAUGCACUUUGCGUCAGCAUGGUGUCGCGGCGGCUCGACCUGGCAGCGGACUGGCCAGAGGUGACCAGGGCAGGCGUUCUAGAAACAACGUCGGUGGCGCUCUGAAAGCCGUCGGCCGGUACAUCUCAAGGCUCAAGGACACGACCUUGUUUCUCUGGGACCCAGAGAUCCCAGCAGCCCAGCCCGGCGCCACUGACCAGGGAGGCAAAGAGGGCCCCGGCGGCCUGAGAGGAGGGACCCAGAGGAAGCUGCACCAGUUGUUCUUCACCACACCAUUCGAAUACCAUCGCCUCCCCGCUUCCGCCAUCAUUUCCAAUCCUGCCUGGCACAAACACACAAACACCACCACGCACCCCAAUUCUCUGCUCUCCUCGACCCUGCAUUCCAACAACUCGGUGUCCUUUCGCCAUUCUCAUACCUCCAUCCGACCCGACUUGAUUCUCUCAACAUCCGUUACCGGUAUUCUGGUCCAGACAUCUUGGUCACACUAUUCCGUGCACCCGUACGCCCUCGUUUCUCGCGCCCCGUCUGUUCGCAAAUCUAGCGUAUCUUUCUUUCCGCUUGCCGUUACAACUUACACAACACUCGACCUUGCUCUUCCACGCUCUCACCGCGGCCUCUGUUGCGUCCCCAAGCGAGUCGCUCCCAAUAGCCUCCCUUGGUUUGUCGCAAUCACUGACAUGGUUAGCCUGAUGGUAGACUUGACUCCCAGUCCUACUGAAUUAUCCCCGCGACCAUCUUCCGCCUUCGAAGACUUUUUCGAAAUCGACACAUGCUCGCGCCCUACCAGCGAGCUUUUUACCUCACGUCCAGGUUCUCCCAGAUACAUCAUGGCGGCUCAUCAGCCCCCGACCCUGCGGGAGAUUCUUCACGACAUCUCGCCUCCUCCUUACACUCUUGCUGCCUUCAUGGCCUAUCUAUCUCAAAACCACUGCAUGGAGACGCUUGAAUUCACUCUCGAUGCUCAGCGCUACUCCAACUUCUACCAAGAUCUCGCCUCCGAGGCUGAAUCCGUCACCACCGCCAACGCCCGCCUCUCUGCCCUUUGGCAAAAGCUCAUGCAGGUGUACAUUGUCCCUUGCGCUCCUCGUGAGGUCAACAUCCCCUCGCGUGUCCGCGAUCGCCUUCUCAUGACCCAUUAUAACCCUGUUCCCCCCCAUCCUUCUGUUCUCGACGACGCCGGCCGCAUCAUUUAUGAGCUCAUGAAUGACUCGCUUCUGGUUCCCUUUCUCGAAUCCGUCGCCCCGCUGCACAUCGAGCAUGGUGAGGAGCAGCUUCGCUCCCCUCGGUCUCACACAACCACCAGGAGCCGAACCAGCCAGAGUCUCGAGUUCGAAGGCCUCACCGACGACAGCGAGGGCAACUCUCCCGCCACCAGCGAGCCCAUGACCCCUCCGACGACUCCGCCUACCACCUCAGACUGGGCGUUCAACUCAUCUCCUGGCGGUCUGCAGCGUGCUGUUGCUGCGCACAACAAGGGCUGGAAAAAGAUGGGCGAAAAGCUGGGCUUUACUCGCAAGGCUUCUAGCCGACGGCCUAAUGCCGCCACGUCCUCCUCCUCCUCCUCUGGCGUCGCCAGCCGUCGCGGCAGCGGCAACAGUACCACCUUAUGA